UAAUAUCAAAAUUGAAUAUAAUUUUCAGGAAACAAUGGUGGAUCAUCUUGGCGAUGAUAUCGACAACGAUAUCAGGGUAUCGACAGUCGCCAUCACACAUUGUGUUCAUCAUGGUCGACGAUAUGGGUUGGAAUGACGUAUCAUUCCACGGAUCAGAUCAAAUUCUGACCCCAAACAUAGACAGUUUGGCCUACCAGAGCGCUAUUCUGCAACAGUACUACAGCGAAGCGAUAUGCACACCUGCACGAACUGCAUUACUCACUGGGAAAUACCCCAUGCGAUUGGGGAUGCACGGUCUUCCCUUAUUCAACUCAGAGGAUCGAGGAAUACCACUGACGGAGCGUCUUCUGCCUUCAUACCUGAAGGAGCUAGGAUACGCCACACACUUGGUGGGCAAGUGGCAUGUGGGCAUGUCCAGGCCGGAGUACCUGCCCACUUCGAGAGGUUACGACCAUCAUUACGGCAUGAGAGGCGGUUAUGUAGACUAUUACACUUAUAAUAAAGUUGAAACUUGGCCGAAUGGACGGCUAAUGUACGGUCUCGAUCUUCACGAUGAUGCAAUACCUCAGGAGACCGAACACCGGUACAUUGUAGACGCACUCACCGACAAAGCAGUCAAAAUAAUUCAAUAUCAUAAUAACUCUCAACCACUAUUCCUGCAUGUGACACACAACGGACCUCACGCUGGUAAUGCUGGUGGUGCGUUACAACCACCCCUCUACUCUGCUGUAAAGAACGACCACAUCGCUAACUCCAACAGGCGACUUUAUUCUGAGGUGGUUAUGGAAAUUGACCGAAGUGUUGGCAAGAUUGUUCAAGCUCUUGGUGACAAGGGAAUCCUUGAGGACACCAUCAUUGUAUUUGUAUCUGACAACGGAGCUCCUACAGUUGGAGAAUUAAGAAACUGGGGAGUGAACUUACCAUUGAGAGGAAAGAAGUACACGCCUUGGGAGGGCGCAGUGAGAGUCCCUGCAUUUAUUUGGCAAGCCUCACUCAGGCCAAAGGUCUGGCAAGGACUGAUGCACAUUUCCGAUUGGCUCCCUACAUUGUUAACAGCAGCUGGAGGGAGAGUUCCAACUGGUAUAGAUGGAGUUAAUCAAUGGGAAUCCAUUAUGUUCGAUGGAGUGUCUAAACGAAAAGAAGUCCUAAUAACUGUUGAAGACAGCAGCACUAACGCUUGGGCUUCUUAUAGAGCUGGCGACUACAAAAUAAUAGUGGGUAAUGUUACCGGUGUUAGCAACGGAUAUUACGGAACAGAACUUAUGGUGAACAAAAUGCCACCUCCAGAAUAUUUUCCUGCAUUGGGAAAUAGUGACGUUACAAGAGUUUUUGGAGAAAUUGGAAGGUAUCUAGACUUUGACGUCGUAAGGUCUAUGAGAAAGGCAGCUACGCUUAGAGCUGAUGAGUCUUCGAGGGACGCCACUCCUUGUCUUCCCACACCUACCCGUGGCUGUCUGUACAAUGUUAGACAAGACCCAGCUGAGAGUCGGGACUUAUGGAGCCGAGCCAACAAGAUAGCUACAUUAUUGACUAGCCGGCUUCGGGCGCUCUGGUCUUCGCAACUAAGAAGGGGACCUCUCAGACUGCAAGCAGCUGCAGAUCCUGCAAAUUAUCGCUAUGUCUGGACUCCUUGGAUCUGCUGUAAUGACACUCGCGACAAUUCAAUAACGAAUGAUAAGAAAACGAUCGAUAACUUGGACUUUUCAUUUAAUUUCAACCAGGAAAGAGUUCUUAAUAGGAACACUACGUUAGCUUCAGUUAUAAACUGCGACCGUACAACUGGCCUAAAGAACUUUUUAUGUAUUUUGAGAAGUAUAUUUUAG